GCAAACUCUAAUAGAUAUUUACCCUAAUGAAAAUAAGUGGAUCCAGUUAAAAAAUCUUGAAAAACUUCUUCAACCGAUGUACAAAGCUACGAAAUUGCUAUCAACCUCAAAGCAUCCAACAAUUGGUGAUAUGCAUUUGGCGUUUUUUGGAAUGUUUGAUAUGUUGAAUAAUUUUAUUAAAUCUAAUUCCCAAAAAGAGACUGCACAGGCUAGUUUAUGUUUAAAAGAUUGGAUAGCAG